AUGAGUCAGAAUCAACAAGCAAGUGGAAGCUCCCUUCCAACACAGACAGUUCCAAAUCCAAAGGGAACCGGCAAUGUUAGUGCUAUCUCUCUGCGGUCUGGCAAAGCCACUCAGUCUAAAAAGCAAGCAGCAAAAGCUCAAGAUAACGAGAUUCUUGACACCUUCAGAAAAGUAGAGGUCAAUAUCCCACUCUUGGAUGCGAUUCAGCAAAUUUCAAGAUAUGCCAAGUUUCUGAAGGAGUUUUGCACCAACAAGAGGAGGCUGAAAGGAGAUGAGCGAGUCAGCUCUCUUGGUCUUGGUCCCUUACGUGCUACUGGUAUUGUUGUUCAGUUAGCCAACAGGAGUAGUGUUCAUCGUUCUGGAGUAGUUGAAGAUAUAUUAGUUAGGGUGAACCAUAUGAUUUUUUCUGCUGAUUUCUAUGUCUUAGGGAUGGAGGGUGAGACUCCUAGUAGUACAAUUAUACUUGAUAGACCUUUCAUGAAAACUGCUAGGACUAAGAUAGAUGUGCAUGUUGGGGCUGUGUUCUUUGCUCUUGUGGGGUGUGGCCUUGUAUAUGGUGUUUUUAAUCUACAAGGAGCUUUCUUGUUGAGUUUAAGAGCCACCUUCAUGCUCAUUUUCGUGGUCUUGGGUUGCUGCACUGUAAAAGAACUUAGACACCAUCAAGACACCUUCCUUGUUGCUGUCUUGAGCUUGUGUAGUAACUGUACUGCUUGUGCUGAGAUAGCGCUGUGCUGUUCUGAUUUUAAUCAUGCAUUGAAUGAUGAUUUGCAUAGUGGUUCUGCAUUGAAGUUGAAUUCUGAAUUGCCUGUUGAAAUUAUUGAUGAUUCUGUUUCUGAGAAUUUGAUUGCAGGCAUAUAUGUUAAUGUGUUUUCUGCAGAACUUGCACCCACUAGACUUCUCCCAUCCACUGAGCAGCUACCUAAGUUGGAAAUGAAGGUUCUGCAUGACCAUCUGAAGUAUGCAUAUCUGGAGGAAAAUGAGCAGUUACCUGUGAUAGUGGCGAAGAACCUUCUACCUGAGCAAGAGGUAGAUUAUCCUCUUCUUUUUGGUAAUUAUUGA